AUGUCCAAAAUCAUCUUGCUCGCAUUAAGUAUGACAAUAGCACACAGUGCUAAAUUGCCAAUUCAAAAUCCCGUGCAUGAUAAUCACGUGCCUGUUCAUCAUCAUGACCACACAGUUGAUAGUAAACCAGUGGGAAUUGUCCAGCAAGAUUCAGAAGUUUUUCCUGAUGGAUCCUUCCACAAUGUUUGGGAAUCAGAAAAUGGCAUUAAAGUCCAAGAAGAAGCUACUGUCAAAGUCCUCGCUAAAAACACAAUCGCUCAUACCGUAAAUGGAAGAAUUGCAUACACCGAUUAUGAUGGUAAUCUUUUUACGUUGACUUAUGUUGCUGAUGAAACCGGAUUCCAUCCUGAAGGAGAACAUUUACCGACACCACCGCCAAUUCCUCAAGCAAUUGUAAGAGCACUCGAAUACAUCGCGGCCCAUCCUCCUCCUAAGGAUUCUUCAUUCCAUUCUGAUUCUGCAACUGUAGAAGAUAAUUAA